AUGCAAGCAAGCAAAAAAGUGGAGAUGCGGGGUAUCGAGGAUUGGCCAUCUCAUAUUGUUUAUGUGGCUCGCGGGAAAUUGCAACUAGCAAUGCCUAUGAAUAAAAUCAAGGAGAUAAGCAAUUUGUCACUUAUGAGAACUGUGGAGAGUUGGUUGAGGAAAGAGAGAGACGAGGAGAGGAAAUUGAGAAAAGAGAUAAAGGGCCGUGAAGCGGGUGAUCAUAGCCCAGCUGCUAGUGCUCGGGUACUGAACAAUGGAUGGGCUGCUGGGAGGCUGAGUUCGACUGUAGCUGGUGAAGAAAAUUUUAUCUUGAGUUCUAACAGAGUCCUCAGGUUUGAGAAAAGAGAAAUUUCUGUCCCUUUGCAUCUCGCUCUCGCACAGCCACAACCGCACCAUCCCUACUCACUCCAUCACUCGUCGCCUCUCUCUCACAGUCGCUCUCUCCGGCCGUCCGGCGUCUUGAGCCUCUCGACACAGUACGCACUCGCGAAGUCCGACAAAGCCUCUUCUUCGCGCCUCGACCGCUCGACGCCUCACCUCCGAAGUCCGACCCAAAAGCUCCGGCCGCUGCUCGCCUUGCCUCUAAGACCCGCCUCACCUCCGAGGCUCCGACAUAAAGCAGCUGCCUUGUUAAAAGGUCGAGCUUUUAAUUCUGAGGUAGUGUCGUAACUAUGGCCACGUCUCAGACAGAGAAAGCCAUCGCCAUUGCCGCUACCAAACUCUCCCAUUCACAAUACGAAGACCUUCCCAUAAAUCACCACUCUAUAUUUCGAUCUAACUGCCAAGAAGAAGGAAAACUGAUAGUCGCAGUAAUGGCUGGGCAUGACAUCCCUCAACCAACACUCGAGAUCAAAAAGCUCAGAUUCACCUACCCUGGAAUCGACGGUCAUCCUCCGCCGGGUUCCACUCCUUUGAUCGAUGAUUUCUCCCUCACACUCUUCCCCGGCGAUUGCUGCCUCCUUGUCGGUUCCAAUGGCGCUGGUAAAACAACAAUUUUGAAAAUAAUUGGGGGAAAGCACAUGGUUGAGCAAGAUAUGGUAAGGGUCAUGGGGCGAUCCGCUUUUCACGACACCGCCUUGACUGCCUCUGGUGAUCUUGCUUAUCUUGGUGGUGAGUGGAGGCGUGAAGUUGCUUUUGCUGGUUUUGAGGUUCCAAUUCAGAUGGACGUUUCUGCUGAGAAAAUGAUAUUUGGAGUAGCAGGUAUCAAUCCCCAAAGGAGAGAUGAACUAAUUAAGGUUUUAGGCAUUGACCUCUCCUGGAGAAUGCACAAAGUAUCUGAUGGCCAAAGAAGGCGAGUCCAAAUCUGUAUGGGUCUUCUAAAGCCAUUCAAAGUCCUCCUGCUUGACGAGAUCACUGUUGACUUAGAUGUGCUUGCCAGAGCAGACCUCCUAAAGUUUCUUAAGAAGGAAUGCUUAGAACGAGGUUCUACCAUUAUUUAUGCCACCCAUAUAUUUGAUGGGCUCGAGGAUUGGCCAUCUCAUAUUGUUUAUGUGGCUCGCGGGAAAUUGCAACUAGCAAUGCCUAUGAAUAAAAUCAAGGAGAUAAGCAAUUUGUCACUUAUGAGAACUGUGGAGAGUUGGUUGAGGAAAGAGAGAGACGAGGAGAGGAAAUUGAGAAAAGAGAUAAAGGGCCGUGAAGCGGGUGAUCAUAGCCCAGCUGCUAGUGCUCGAGUACUGAACAAUGGAUGGGCUGCUGGGAGGCUGAGUUCGACUGUAGCCGGUGAAGAAAAUUUUAUCUUGAGUUCUAACAGAGUCCUCAGGUGAAUCUGACAUUUUGUUGUGCUAAACCAGAAGUUAAGAGAGUUCGGCAUAGAUAUUUUAUUUGUUUGCUGUAGCCUUCUUGUAAUAAUUAGGUCCUGCAAUGGACUUAUGCAGCCUUGCUUGCGUUAUAUUUUAUAGUGGCCAGACAAAAUCGUAUUGAGUUGAAUUUGUGGUCGAGUGCAUUUAUCCUAUUGAGUUGAAUUUGUGGUCGAGUGCAUUUAUCCAUUGCAGUCGCAU